AUGAAGUUAAUGGACCAGCUUCCGUCUGUUACCACAUGCUGCUUCUGCUGUUAUCUUAGGGCGGGAUGUGUUAUGAUUGCUGUGCUAUCAUUUACGGUGGGCAUGAUCCUGGCCCCGAACGUGGGCUAUGCGCAAACGCAGUCGCUUCUCCCGGAGCCGCUGACGAACACCGAGGGGACCGCGCAAGUGUUGCUCGGCCUUGUGUCCAUCCUGCUCUGUGCCUGCAGUUUCCUGCUCUUCGUGGGCUCUUUCUGUAACGUCCCAAUACUAAUAGAGAUAUAUCAGUGGGGAGCACUGAUCUACGGCACAUCUACCACUAUCAUCUACAUCAUCCUGGCGUGCUUCUGUUUCUUAGUGCACUCCAAUAGCGCCACGGCUGGCGCUUGGCUCAUAUCGCUCAUCUUUGUCAACUUUUUCUUGACCAGUUACUUCAUGAUCGUGGCCAAUAGCUUGAGAAUGUCUCUGCUGUUCCUGCAGAGCACUGAAGUGCUAUACUAG